AUGGCUCUUUUUCUCUUUGCUUUUUUCAUCUUAAUGCCAUCUUUAACCAAUGCUUAUUGGCCACCUUCACCUGGUUACUGGCCAAGCUCUAAGUUCCAGUCUAUGAGUUUUUACAAAGGUUUUACAAAUCUUUGGGGACCCCAACACCAAAGACUAGAACAAAAUGGAUUGACAAUUUGGCUUGAUAGAACCUCAGGAAGUGGAUUCAAAUCGGUUCGUCCGUUCCGAUCCGGGUACUUCGGUGCCUCCAUUAAGCUUCAGCCUGGCUAUACUGCAGGAGUUAUAACAGCUUUUUAUCUAUCAAACAAUGAAGCGCAUCCUGGUUACCAUGAUGAAGUGGACAUUGAGUUUCUAGGGACAACAUUUGGAAAGCCUUAUACUUUGCAGACCAAUGUUUAUAUAAGAGGGAGUGGAGAUGGGAAAAUUAUUGGUAGAGAAGUCAAGUUUCAUCUUUGGUUUGAUCCUACCAAAGGUUUUCAUCACUAUGCUAUACUUUGGAGUCCUAAGGAGAUAAUAUUCCUAGUGGAUGAUGUGCCUAUAAGGAGGUACCCUCGGAAGAGUGACACAACAUUUCCUAUAAGACCAAUGUGGCUUUAUGGUUCAAUUUGGGAUGCUUCAUCGUGGGCAACAGAAGAUGGAAAAUACAAAGCUGAUUACAAGUAUCAACCGUUUGUGGCACACUAUUCAAAUUUCAAAGCUAGUGGUUGCACAGCGUUUGCGCCUCGGUGGUGUCGGCCGGUUUCGGCUUCACCGUAUGGCUCUGGUGGAUUGAACUCACAGCAAAAUAAUGCAAUGAGAUGGGUGCAAAGAUAUCAUAUGGUUUAUAAUUAUUGUCAAGAUUCAAAAAGAGAUCAUAGAUUAACACCUGAAUGUUGGGGUUGA